AUGUCAAGUGCAGAAGAGCUCGCCGCCGAAUACGAGAAAGGUGAAUUGGAAGUGGGUACAGGGUCGGGAAAGAGAAGUAAGGCAGAACAGGUGGAACAUAAACAUGCGCACCCAGAAGGUGACACUAGGAAAAUAGUAAAUUACUGCGUAAGUGGCGAAGAGAAACGGAAGGGACAGCAAACAAACACUGUUAAGAAGGAUUAA